UACUUAUAAUUUUGUCUCUAUACUCAAGCUACAAGUGCUAGUACCUUACAGGAAGCGUCCUCCCCCGCCAGGGCCUAGCAGUGGUCUCGUCCGGUGUCCUCUCUGUCGUCUCCAGUGCUCGGGCCGCACACAGUGACAGCCGCCGUGAUGAAUGUUGUGGCGUACAUCCGGGAGUCAUGGACAUACGCGCUGCUACCUGCAGGAGCCCUGAUCGGAUAUUAUCUGGAUAGGUGGUACGACUCCAGGAUGACGCUGUUCAAGAAUAAGAGCCGACUCUUCCAGAGGGAAUUAAAACCCAAUGAAGAAGCCUGGAAGUAAAGCGCGGUGGUUGCGGACUGGGGGACCGGCGUUUCGAGCAAACAAUGAAAUUUGUUUUCUUCCUAUUCUUUGGAAGCCAUUGCUUCACUGUAAAGUGCGGCGCACGUUAUAUGUAUAAUAAAUAAUAUUCAGAUUGAA